AUGGGGAGAACCGUGUUGCUUCUCAUCUUUGUGGCGCUUCUAGCUUAUUAUGUUUCUGUACCUGUUCCUGAUGACGUCGAAGAGCCUUGGAAACUGGCCUGGGAGACGACAAAAAUUAAAGUAGUUUCAGAUUUGGCUUCUUUUGCUGAACUUUUGGGCAUCAGUCAUUUCAUGGACACAAUGCAGUUACUUAUGAAACUUGAAGAAGUUCCACCCACCUCUGAUGAGAAUGUCACUGUGACAGAGACGACUUUCAACAGUGUUCCUGUUCGCAUAUACCUCCCCAAAAGGAAGGCCACCACACUCAGGAGGGCCUUGUUUUACAUUCAUGGUGGUGGCUGGUGUUUGGGGAGUGCUGCUCUUAGGGGAUAUGACAAUCUGUCAAGGCGGACAGCUGAUAGACUCGAUGCUGUUGUCGUUUCAACAAACUAUGGAUUAGCUCCAAAAUAUCAUUUUCCAAGACAAUUUGAAGAUGUGUACAGUGCCUUACAAUGGUUUUUACAAGAAAACACUCUUGAAAAAUAUGGUGUAGAUCCUAGAAGAGUCGGUGUGUCUGGGGACAGUGCUGGUGGGAACUUAGCUGCAGCUGUUACCCAACAGCUCAUACAGGAUCCAGAUGUCAAGACCAAACUCAAGGUCCAAGUCUUAGUAUAUCCUGCCCUUCAGGCCCUUGAUAUGAAUCUACCAUCACUUCAAGAAGGUUCACACUUUCCAUUUUUAUCCAGCUCACUCAUGGCUAGGUUUUGGAGUGAAUACUUUACUACAGACCGAGCCCUGGAGAAAGCCAUGCUUCUCAAUCAACAUGUACCUGUGGAAUUCAGCCAUUUGUUUCAAUUUGUGAAUUGGAGUUCCUUGCUCCCUGAGAGAUAUAAGAAAGGUUACUUCUAUAAGAACCCCACCCCUGGUAAUUCUGAGCUGGCUCAAAAAUACCCAGGGUUCGUAGAUGUGAAAGCAUGUCCUCUUUUGGCCAAUGAUAAUACACUGCGUCAUUUACCUCUGACCUAUAUCAUCACUUGCCAGUAUGAUGUGCUAAGAGAUGAUGGACUCAUGUAUGUGACACGACUUCAGAAUGUUGGAGUUCCUGUGACUCAUCACCACAUUAAGAAUGGAUUCCAUGGGGCAUUUACCCUUCGUGAUUUUAAAAUUGCAUACAGGAUGCAAAAUCAGUACUUGAGUUGGCUUAUGGAAAAUCUGUAGCAAUACCU